CCGAACCUCAACGGAAGUAGAACUACAAGCCCCAGGAGGGGGAAGCUCCCGGGGCCUAUGUAGAACUAGGCCUCUUUUGCCGGGGCAUGCUGGGAAUUGUAGUUCGUUCCUCCUGAAGGGGCUGGAGGUAGAAAUCAAAAGCUCGGUCCUAUUUCCUUCCCGAGAUAGAGUCGCGGCCUCCUUCCCUUCGUUCUCCUUCGGCGGCUUCCGCGGCGGGUCGGUCGGUCGGUUUGCUGGCCUACCGGUCAGGUACACACAUUUCCGUUACCCGCCUUAAGAUGGCGGCUGAGGUGGAUUUCGGGGACCGCGAGCUUUUUGAGCAGCUGGACGCCGACGAGCCGAAGCCCGUUCCGGCCACGCAGCCGCUACACACCCGCUUCGAGGAGGAGGAGGAGAAGGCCGAGACCGAAAAACUGCGAGAGCGCUUGCAAGAAUGUGAGGAGACGGUCAGGCAGCUGCAGGCUGAGAAUCGUGAUCUUAGAAGAAAACUGAGCACACUAACCCGACCAAGUGAACUUAUAGUGGAUGAUUCUAAACUUGAUGGGCCUUUGUUGCAGAUUUUGUUUAUGAACAAUACUAUUUCAAAGCAAUAUCAUCAAGAAAUAGAGGAUUUUAUAUCUAGUUUAGCUCAAAGAUAUGAGGAGCAACAGAGUUCUGAACCUGACAAGACCUCCUUCAAUGUCAAGCCUCAGCCUUCUAGCUUUGUGAUGGAAGAGGACUAUAAAGUGACAAGCUCAAAUACAUCCAAAAAAAUCAAGGAAGCUUUCAGUGUUGUAGGAAGUGUGCUCUAUUUUACCAAUUUUUGUCUUGAUAAACUGGGGCAGCCUAUACUAAAUGAAAAUCCUCAGCUGACAGACGGAUGGGAAAUACCCAAAUACCAGCAAGUUUUCACACAGAUUCUUUCUCUAGAUGGACAAGAAAUACAAGUGAAGCCUAAAAGCAGGCCCAAACCUCACUGCUUCAAUUGUGGCUCUGAAGAUCACCAAAUGAAAGACUGUCCACAGCCACGGAAUGCUGCCCGCAUAAGUGAAAAAAGAAAAGAGUUCAUGGAUGCUUGUGGGGAAGUAGGCAACCAAAACUUCCAGCAGCGGUACCACGCAGAUGAAGUUGAAGAAAGGUUUGGAAGGUUCAAGCCAGGAAUCAUUAGUGAGGAGCUUCAAGAUGCCCUUGGCGUAACGGAUCAGACUCUUCCUCCCUUCAUCUAUCGCAUGCGGCAGUUAGGUUACCCCCCUGGUUGGCUCAAAGAGGCAGAAAUGGAGAAAUCUGGACUAACUCUCUAUGACGGCGAAGCAUCUCCUGGUAAUGAAAUGGAGGAGGAAGAAUAUUACCAACAGAACCAAAGUAUCACUUAUGAUGUCUCCAAGCUGAUAAACUAUCCUGGUUUUAAUAUGUCCCCUCCAACUGGAGUCACAGACGAAUGGAGGACGUUUGGUUCCAUACCCCUCCAAGCAUCUCAGCAGAAGGAUAUCUUUGCUCACUAUCUGUCUACCUAUCGUUCGGCAAGUCCAAAGUCCAGCAGCAAAAGGUCUUCAUCUCACCAGAGCACUCAUCAUCAUCCCAAAAGACAGAGAGGAAACGGUGUUGAAGUAUCAUCAGCUGACAUGGAGAUGGAUUCUGGUAUAUCUUUCGAUUUGGAAGUGCCACCACACAGUUCUCCAGGUUAUGAUGGCUUCCAGUUUCAGCCUCCAUUGCCUCCUGGGUCUCCACUGAGGGCAACUCCUCCCCCAUUGCCACGAGGGACACCUCCUUGUACACCACCCAACUUCACCCCUCCUCGGCCUCCUACAUCUACUCCACCACUUUCCCGGAAGACUCCCCCGAAUGCUUCUUCCAAUGAUUCUGCUCCGCUGAGAGUAGAAGAGGCUGCCAUGGAUGAAGAUACUUUGACCCUGGAAGAGCUGGAAGAACAGCAGCGUCUCAUUUGGGCAGCCCUGGAACAGGCAGACAGUGUCAACAGUGACUCUGAUAUUCCUGCAGGGACUCCUUUAACAGGGAAUUCUGUGGCAUCAUCACCAUCCAGAAUAGAGUCGGAUGUUCUUCCAGAAGUAACAAGCCAGAAGUUGGAUGUCUCAGAACCUGGGCCUUCAGACCACAGUGAGCAGCUGCCUGAAGCAGAGCAGUCUGAACAGAAACAGAGUUCAGCUGAUGAAUUGGUUGAUUUAACGGAAGAGGAAGACUCCAACCACAUGGAUUCCGAAGACAAAGCCGAGAACUGCUCCUCAGCUUUAAUAGGCGAGGUAAACCAUGGUGAAGAUGGCAACAACUCCCCUGCAAUUACCAGUGCUGAGGUGUCUUCUAAAAAUGCCAGCCCCAUCCCUGACAUGAGCAAGUUUGCUGCAGGGAUAACGCCUUUUGAAUUUGAUAAUAUGGCUGAAUCAAGUGGGAUUUAUCUCCGGAUAAGGAGCGUGCUAAAGAACUCUCCCAGGAACCAGCAAAAGAACAAGAAGGCUUCCUUUUAAUGGCUGCUGCAGUACAGUGGCACUCAGAAGAUCUCGGUUGUGUCCAUUAAUUUGGAAUGCUCUUUUGUACGUACUUGUAUAAAAACACCAAGUUAAGAGCAGACCCAGUGCUGCUUUGCUCUUCUUAAAAUUGUGUGGUUUUGUUUUUCCAAGUCUAGUGUGCAGGUCUUCCAUUUUUAUUUUAGGACCAGUUACUGCCUAAAAGUAAACGUUUCCACUAAUAGAGAGGAGAGGAGAGGAGUGAGUUAGUCAACCUGUAUUAUGUUCCUCCACAUAGGGAUUUAUCUUUAUGCUCUCUUGACUUGUGAGUUUCAGCUGCAAUAGUGGCGUUUUGUCUGUGCUGUGUCCAUGAAACCUGUGCUUUCCACAUUGAGCUGAUCAUCCUGUAAAUACUGGCAAUGGUUUUUUUUAAAGGUUCUAAACUUUUUAAAAUGCUUUCCACCCCCACCCCGCCAAUUAAACAAUAUAAAAUUCUGGCAAGGAGAUGGGAAUGAUCAGGGAUUGUUUUGCAGUGAUCUCUACCCUUUUUGAAAAGUUUUAGAAGUAAUUUAUGUGGGUCAAUUUUUUUAGUGCUACUUCUGCUUUAUUGGGUAACAUUGUCAGAUAUUCAAAUUUGCUGUACAUAUGUCGAUGCCUAUGUACAGAGAUUUAAUAAACACGAUUUUUUGUAAA